CCUCUUCCUCAUGAUCAACCUCAUCAUCCUCAGCCUCCUCCUGCUGCGGCGAGCCUCGGUCGACGUCGCCGCCGCAAACGCAAGGAGCUUCUGGAUGAUGCGUGCGUCCCUCGGGGGAUGCUCUAAAUGGGCCACGCCGUGUGGAAAGACACGUUAGAAGAGGAGGAAGACCAAGCCGGGAGGCAGGAGGGAUGUUUGGGUCUUUGUGGCGGUCUGUGAUCCUUCUCGGCUUCCUGUGCACGUCCCCCGUUCGAGCCGACAGCCUGCUGUCAGCUCCGCUCAAUGUGACCAUCAAGGAGAUCGAGGUCAACUCGGCCGUGGUCACAUGGGAGACUCCGGAGGGAGACCCCGUCAUCGGAUUUGCCGUCACACAACAGAAAAAGGACGUGCGCAUGCUGCGCUUCAUCCAGGAGGUGAACACCACCACUCGCUCGUGUGCCUUGUGGGGACUGGACGAGGACACCGAGUACAUCGUUCACGUGCAGAGCAUAAGCAUGGGAGGAAGCAGUCCCCCCAGUGAGCCCGUUUUCUUCCGAACCCCCAAAGAAUCCGAGAAGCUGGCGUCCAUGAGUCCAGACGAGCUCACACUGGAAGAAAUGGGCCAGGCCGCUCAGCUCCGAGCGGGCGAGGUCAUCAUCAUCGCAGUGGUUCUUGUCAUGUGGGCAGGCGUGAUUGCCCUGUUCUGCCGUCAGUAUGACAUCAUCAAAGACAACGAGCCCAAUAACAACAAAGACAAGGCCAAGAACUCGUCGGAGUGCAGCACGCCCGAGCAUCCGCAGGGAGGGCUCCUGCGCAGCAACGUUUAACGGCCGCUCGCCGUCUGCCCGCCCUGCAAUAACUUCAAACCCUCAAACCUCAGGACAGAGCCUGAGAUGCGUUCCGCAGCCAAAACACGCUGGACUACAGAUUCAACGUUCAACUGCUCUUGGCACAGUGAAGAACUGUUCGAAAAACUUCUGAUCAAGUGCAAUCAAAACGCUUCCAACAAGGGAACAAUGGAGGAUUGGAUGUGAUCAAAAGCACCCUUUGCUGUGCUUA